UAACAAACAACGAAAAAGUCCACCCAGCGGACUUAGAAAUCUUAAAAUACAUGCUCUUCUUACACAAACUAUCUUCCGAAGUGCUCCAAGCGAACGAUUUUGACUCUCAACUGCGUAAGAAACUUCUGCCAAAGAAUAAGAAUAAGAAGAAGAAGAAACGACUGUUAAAGCAAAAAGGCCUGAUGAAUAGAGUCUGGUUGUAUUUGAGAAGAGAGGUACCUGAUGUCAAUGAAGAUGGGGCUUUGAAGAGUUUAAAUAAGUUUCUGAUGAAUAUCGAAGAUGCUGUGUUUGAUUUACACGACGCGAUAAGAAACAUAGCUAAAAUAACUAAAUACAAAAAACAGCAUUGGUUUAAGAAUUUGAAAGAAUUGUACAUAAGUACAGAUGACAAGGAAAUUCUAGAGAUAUUACUCCAUAUGACAGUACUAAGGUUUUUCACUUUGAUCGAAGAAAGUACUAAGAAUGGCUUGGAACGCGACUAUAUUGAGUAUAUGAAGAAAAAUAAGAAAGAUUCGAAAAAAACUUUGGAAGAAAUGAUGUUUAUUAUGCAAAUAUUGGCCGAUUAUAAUAAAUUUGUUAAAUAG